GAAAGAUGCAGGCAUGGUUCGAGGAAAACACCAAGAACAUGCACACUCCUAUAAAUGGACAAAACAUUCUACACCCGACGAGCUGGAGGGGGUCCACACACACUCCUUCAAGUUGAAGCCAUUCAAGAAGGCCAAGAGCUGUGAUAUAUGCAAGCAGGCCAUCACAAAGGAGGGUCUCAUCUGCAAAGCUUGUCAGCUGUCCUGCCAUAAAAAAUGUGAAGUCAAGGUCACCACAGCGUGUCAAACGAGCACCAACUAUGAGCUUCCCACCACUCCUCAGCUGCCGUUAAAGCAUGUAGAUACUCCGGGGUCAGCCAGGUCUUGCAAGAGUGUGGAAAUAAAGCGAAAGCAGUCACGGAGUCAGAGUAUGGUCCAGGACAUGGAGGAGAGCUACGAAGUUGACUUGGUCUAUAUCACUGAGAGGAUCAUCUCCUUCUCUUUCCCUGCCACUGCCGAGGAGCGCAGCUACACCGUCCACCUGAAGGAAGUGGCGGCCAUGCUGCGCUCAAAACACGGUGAACACUACCUGAUGCUCAACCUGAGUGAUCUGAGGAACGAUCUAGCAACAUUGAACCCCAAGGUGCUGGAGUUCGGCUGGCCAGACAAUCAUGCACCGGCGCUGGACAAGAUCUGCAGCAUGUGCAAGGCCAUCGACACCUGGCUCAAUGGCGAUCCACACAACGUUGUAGUGCUUCACAACAAAGGAAACCGAGGUCGGACGGGGGUGGUAGUGGCUGCCUACAUGCACUACAGCAACAUAUCGGCAAGCGCUGACCAGGCCUUGGACAGGUUUGCAAUGAGGCGUUUCUAUGAGGACAAAGCGCUUCCAAUGGGUCAGCCGUCACAGAGGAGGUACGUGCGAUACUUUAACGGCCUUUUGUCUGGCCACAUAAAAAUCAACAACAAGCCUCUGUUCCUGCAUCACGUCAUCAUGCAUGGAAUUCCCAACUUUGAAUCCAAAGGAGGCUGCCGUCCAUUCCUGAAGAUUUACCAGGCGAUGCAGCCAGUCUAUACGUCAGGAAUAUACAAUGUGCAGGGAGAUGGCAACACUAGCAUUUGCAUCACCAUCGAGCCAGGCCUCCUGCUGAAGGGCGACAUCCUGCUCAAGUGUUACCACAAGCGCUACAGAAACCCCACUAGGGAUGUUGUGUUCAGAGUACAGUUCCACACAUGCGCCAUCCAUGAUCUCGGAGUGGUGUUUGGGAAGAACGAGUUGGACGAGACAUUCAAAGACGACAGGUUCCCUGAGUAUGGGAAGGUGGAGUUCGUCUUCUCAUAUGGUCCACAGAAAAUCAAAGGUCUAGGCCAUCUAGAGAAUGGGCCUAGCGUUUGUGUGGACUACAACACUCAGGAUCCUCUGAUCCGUUGGGACUCGUAUGAGAACUUCAGUCAACGCUGUGAGGGGGCCGCAGAUAACCAACAUGAUGUUGUUCACAGUCAAGGUCCACUUGACGGAAGCCUGUAUGCACAGGUCCGAAAGAAAGACUCCCUGGAAGGAGUGGUCACCAUCAAUGGCCUUCCAGUGCAUGGAGACCCCUUGAGUGCCACAGAGAACCUAUUGCAGCACCCAAACCACCCUCUACAACCAACAGAGCAUACCCUUCCUGUAACAGGGCACGCCUCUCUCCCUGCUGUCGACCACACUCUGUCUGUAAGCAGCGACUCCGGAAACUCCACAGCCUCCAUCAAGACCGACCGUACAGAGGAACACAGUCAGUCUCUGCAUGGGGGCACAAGCCACGACAACCCAGCAGCAAGCCACCCGACCCUUAGCCCCCAGGAGAAGAGAGAAAUAGAUCAGCUUCUGUGUGGACUUGAGGUGCCUGUACAUCAGCGACAAGUUUAUCUAUCUACUUCAACCAGUCCGGGAGCGGGUGUCCGGCACCUCGUUCCCGCACAGGUGCAUGUCAACGGGGGCCACACCAGGCUAAUUGUUGCCCCUUCUGCAGAAGAGCGUGAGACAGAUAUUCUUGAUGAUGAGCUCCCCAAUAGCCAAGAGGGCAACAGUGUGGACAGUUUGGGCACACUCUCAUCCUUAGAGGGGCAAGCCACACCAGCUGACCUCUACUACCAAUCACAAGCUCCUAUCAACAAUCAGAACGACAGCCCCUACCUUGAAAGAGGUGCUCUCAGCGAUAAGUUGAGUGAGAUUCCUGUGCAAGGAAUACAGAAACCCACUGCAAUGCAGGAGUGCAGUGCCUCUGUGUCGCCAUCAGGAGGACAUAAUAACUUCCAAAAUGGAAGCGGAAUAUAUCGCUCACAGUCCUUUGGUAACCCACCAACAAGCACUCCUGAAUCCAAUCCUAAACUAAUGCCGAGGGCCCCUGAGAGGAGCACCAGUAGCCGGGAAGCUGUUCAAAGAGGUCUCAGUGCAUGGCACCAGCACAGCCUCCCAGAUGAUCCUUUUGGCCCACCGUUACAGUCCACCCAUAGCUUGCCACAUUUUCCAUCUUCAGCUUCUCAAAGGGACAUUGAACAAUCUAUUGAAGCCCUCAACAUGCUCAUGCUCGAUCUGGACCCGAGCAACCCCCACAUGUCCAAGUCUCACAGUGCUCCCUCUGGGAAAAAUACCUUUAAUUCAUCACCGGUGCCGUUCUCCCAGACACUUACAAGGCCAUCGUACCAGGCAGACUCAGCCAUCCACAACAGCGCUGGUUCAUUCAACAAUACUUUCCAUCAACCAGCAUGCAGGACUGGAAGAACUUUUCCCAACCAGAGCCCACUUUUGGAGUCUCCAGUACAUUCUCCUCAAAGGCCCAGCCCCACUUUCCAACACCAAAGCACCACCCCAACGCACACACCCGAGCCCUAUGUUCACCCAUGUCAAGCACUGCACCAGCUCCCUUCGGAUCCAUCCACAAAUGUCCAUCCCACGUUGAAGGCUGUGAACUCGUACAUGGUAGGCACGGUGUCCAACUCUCCGGACCUACAGGGCUCAUCUCCCUAUCCAGGCUGCAGCGAGUCCUCCUCUCCACUUCCUGCUCUCACCCCUCAACCUAAGGACACUUCCUCUUCCUCUUUGGCCCGAGAGCAGGAUGCUGAGGAUGAGGCGUUGAACUUAGAGGGCCUGGUGGCUCACCGCAUUGCUGAGUACAACGCUCGUAUCCGGGGCAUCAGUGAAAGCAUAACACCGCAACAAUCUGACCGCCAUCGCUCCUAUUCUUUCUCGGGGGUACGCUCCAGGGGAAUGACCCCGGAGGUGAGCCAGGAGAUGGGUCGGCGGCGGACCACCAGUGAGGGUCAGUACCAGAGUGGUCAUGACAACAGGCCAGAUGGCCAUUCACCAGAUUUCAGCAAAUGUCUGCCCCACAAACCUGGAGAAAGAGCCAGAGAGGGUACAGUGAGCAGCCACAGGGAGGCAUUUGAGAACAAUGAUAGGUUUGCAAACAACAGUCCUGCCACGGGAGACUCUGUUUUCUUCCCGCUGGGCUGCAUGUCAACAGCAGGAAUGAAGCCUAACCAAAAGUUUGCAUCCGAUAAUCGAGGUUUCGUGGAAUUUAGAGCACAACAGUUCAGCGGACCUCUCUCCUCCAGCAGUCCUGUACACAGCCCGGAAGGGAGACAUGGUUCGUCUGACCACAGCCCAGCACCGUUUUACCCACAAGCCCACGCCUCUCCAGAUGGCUCCCAGGUGAACAUCAUGGGCGUCCACACUGUCCCUGGUAGCCCCAACACCCUCCACCGCACAGUGGCCACCAACACCCCCCCAAGCCCUGCCCUCCAAAGGCGCUUGGGCCAAGCCAGUCCCUCACCGGUCAGACACACCCCUCCAGUGGGCGGCAGGAGGGAUAGCAUCCCCUCCAGCCCCUUAACUGCCCGAAACCCCAAAACAAGUGGUGCAAGUUUGCCCCCCGCCAGCCCUCUGAUGGGGCGGCGAGCUAUAGCGGGCGGCCACAGUACCCCUGAUGAGAUGGGUGCCACGUCUCGUCAGGCACAGCCGCCUACCACACCCGCCUUCCCCGUUUCCCCCCAGCUGCCAGUGAAGAGGCACGCGAGCAGUGGGGACACAGAGAGGAUGGACAGCAAGAACCCAACAGCUGAGGCUGGAGGGUCAAACUUGACUGGGACUUACCCGGACACCUGCAAGUCCAUCUAUGCAGAUGGUUAUCCAGACAUCAAGAUGAAUGUUAAGUUUGUCCAAGACACGUCAAAGUUCUGGUACAAGCCCGACAUCUCCCGAGAACAAGCCAUUAACGUUCUGAAGGACAGGGAGCCCGGCGCCUUUAUCAUCAGGGACAGCCACUCCUUCCGUGGGGCUUACGGUCUUGCCUUGAAGGUGGCCUGUCCACCACCAACAGUGCAGCAAAGCAAAAAAGUUGCUGAUAUGACCAGCGAGUUGGUGAGACACUUCCUGAUUGAAACUAGCCCCAAAGGUGUCCGCCUGAAGGGUUGUCCCAAUGAACCUUACUUUGGUUGUCUCUCUGCAUUGGUUUAUCAACACUCCAUGACUCCUUUGGCACUACCCUGCAAGCUCAUGAUCCCCACCAAAGACCCGAACGAAGAGGCACUGGAGCUGGCCACACCCACUGACCCAGUUGUGGAGCUUCUGAAGCAAGGAACAGUUCAGAAGGUUCCGGAGGAGUCUCAUGCAUCCAACGUGCUCUACAUCAACUCUGUGGACAUGGAGUCCUUGACUGGCCCUCAAGCCAUUGGCAAGGCCAUCACUCAAACACUGGCGACCAAUCCCCUGCCUACUGCUACCGUGGUCCACUGUAAAGUGUCCCCACAGGGUAUCAUGCUUACAGACAGUCACAGGAAGAUCUUCUUCAGGCGACAUUAUCCACUAAGCACCAUAACUUACUGUGACACUGAUCCCCAGGACAGAAGAUGGGGCCAAGAGAGUGGUGGUUCUCUUCGACUUUUUGGCUUUGUGGCAAGGAAACAAGGAAGCACAACAGACAAUGUCAGUCACCUGUUUGCCGAGCUGGACCCAGACCAGCCGGCCUCAACCAUAGUCAGCUUUGUCUCCAAAAUGAUGAGGCGGUGAAACCUGUGCCUGGAUGGCAGCUUUUUUUGUUUUCUAAUCCAUCUUUUUGGUGUCUUUCUCUCUGGGAUUCGCAGAUCUCCUCUAAUUUUUUUAUUUAUAUAUAUAUAUAUAUAUAUAUAUAUUAUUAUUAUUAUUUUUUCUGCCUUUUGGUUUGGUGUUUUGCAGGCGUCUUUUUGCAAAGGGCAUUGUGGACUUGCAAGAGGAUGUGCCAAUGUGGGGCUGAAAAUGUGAAAAUGUCGCAGGACUUAAACAGCAAGUGGAACAUGAGGAAGUUACGUGUGAGGACAUGCGGCUCGGAUGUUUCAGGGUGUUUUCUUGUUUCUCUUGAUUGAUUUACCAAAGGUAGAUGCAAUACAAGUGCAAGAAUGAUGUAGUGAUUAAGCCAUUCUUAUUAUUUCCUCCUUUAAAAUAUGUACCUACCAACACACACACAUAAAAAUAGAAAAGUACUAUCUUCUCAACAUUGUCUUCAAGAAAAAAAAAAAGUUGGCCUUAAUGGCUUUUGGCAAAACAUUGUCUGAAGACCUUAUGCAUGUUAGCUUGAACUUUAAGAACCUUCCACUUGUACAUCUGGAGCUCUUGGCUUGAGAUUUUCUGGUUCUGCUGUGUUAGAAAGGGCUCUGCAGUAAAACAGCAACUGAACUAAACUGCACAGUGCAGACCAGACCCCCCCACCCAAAAAAAAAAAAACAGCACACACACACACAAACACUAAGCUCCGUACACGUGUAUUUUCAUCAACCCCCUCCUUUCUUGCAAGACGCUUUAUCGUAAGCAACUGGUGACUGACAGAUUGAGCCACCCAGUCAGGCUCGCACCAGGCCGCUUGUCACAGAAUGAUACUGGAAAGCACCUCCAGGAAGCUCAACCUGGACUUAUGCACUGUUCUUUCUGCAUGCUGUUACUCCUUCAUUGUGCGUUCACUGAAAACAUUCUAUGCUGUGCGCCCUCUUAAGACACUGAGGCCGUUUGACUUGUCAAAGCCCGCAUGAAGUAGACUUUUUUUUUUUUUUUUAAUAUUCCACAGUAUUCUACAAGAUGUAGACAACCCAUUUUUCAAGUAGUCAAAUGAUGGUGAUAUGAUGUAUUUAUUUUGUCUCUGUUGUUUCCACUGUGUUGUCACAAAACACAUUUAGAUACUUUUAGCAGUGAAAAUACAAUAUGAGCAUUCACACUGUGGAGAGUUGCACACAUGCAAACAUCUAUAAGAAGAGUAUAGCUAUAUAUGUACAUAGAUGAACUACUUUGAAAGGUGACUUAGCGAAAAGUAUUUAUUUUUGUUGCUUUGGUCCCUCAUGAGUACUCAUUAUGCAUAUAUUGUACAGUCUAGAUAAAGAAAUGGGUUCGGGGAAAAAAAAGUAUUAUUUUGGCUAAUGAUUUUAAAGUCUGAGGAUUUUGAAAUACCGUCUGUGUGAAUAUCUGGUGUACAUUACUUUGUACGUGUAUCUGUUUUGGCUCGUCUUGUCAUCUUGGCAAAAGCUGUGUAGCGGAGUUGCAUGGACACAAAGGUUUGUGAACAAGACUUUGUUGGUUGCAAACAUUUAGAACAGAUUAUAGUUGAUAGAAUUUUGGAGAUUUAAAAAAAAAAUAUAUAUAUAUAGGGAAAAGAGGCCAAGCUCAAAUGCAAUACAAAACAAUGUGCCCAUAACAGUUAUGAUUUUUGCCAAAGAGCCACGAGCUGCUUUUUAUGUCUUGCUUCCAUUUUACAUGCAAAAAUGUUAUACAGGGAGGUCUACAUUUAUGCACUGAAACAUGACUGGUGUCUUUUUUUAAACAUGUGUCCAGAGAAAUAGGAAGCCUGCUGUGUACACGAAACACUUAAACAACAGAGCAGCAGAGAAUGACAGGAAUUCCACGUGCAAAAAGCUCUUCCAAAGCUUCAUCAGACCUCCCGAAUGCCAAUGAUUUUUUUUUUUUUUCCUGUCAUACAUCUUGUUCCAUUCUGUUGUAUGGAAGCAGAGCAGCGCAGAAUGCUUCUGUCCAAGAAAGUGUUUUUAUAAAAACUCAAAAAAGUGUCCAUAGUCCGAACUGUAUUAAUGUGAAAAAAAGACACUGUGUUUGUGCUUAUCAUCUACAUUCAAACAUUAUGGCUUACCUAAGGAGGGGAAAAAAUACAUUAAAGCAAUACAAGUCUGUUACAUCCAAGUA